AUGUCUUUCCCUGGGCCAGAGCAGCAACAACCGUUGGCGGCAUCGUCGUCUGGCAGCACCGACGACGACUCUAAGCCUGCUAUUUCCGCGCCUACCGCUAGCUCCAGCAACUCCCAGGCUAGUGCUACUCCUUCGACAACCUCAACUGACAAUCUCCUUUGCCGAUGGAAUGCCUGCAACCAAACGUUAACCACUCCAGAGUCGCUCUAUGAGCACAUCCGUGAGCAUCAUGUUGGUCGCAAGAGCACCAAUAACUUGACCCUCACUUGCCAGUGGAACUCAUGUCAGACCACCACAGCCAAACGAGACCACCUCACUUCGCACAUCCUUAUUCAUGUGCCCUUAAGACCUCACAAGUGUGAGUUCUGUAGCAAGUUCUUCAAGCGUCCUCAGGAUCUUAAGAAACACAUUAAGACCCACGCUGACGACUCUGUCCUCGUCCAACCAUCUAAAGAUCAGGGUGAGCUCACCUACAGGCCACAGCCUCCCAAAGACACUCCCUGCUACUAUGAUUGCAAUGGCCAGAUGGGAGCUGACGCCGCCGCCUUAAACCACCAGGCCGGACAUCGUAGCGACUUUUAUGCUCCUCAACCCUCUACCGAAAAUGGCCUCUACUUCAACCAACCUCCCAUCAACAACAGCAGCACCGAGCACCUCGGCCUCAGCGUCGCUGGUGGCUAUGAUCGCAAGCGCACGUAUGACAUGAUCGACAACUUCUUUGGCAGCGCCAAGCGCCGCCAGAUCGACCCUUCUUCCUAUGUCCAGAUUGACCGGUCCUUGGUGCCUCUUCGCGGCAGCCUCUCCAUCCACAACGGUGCCAUGACUGCCACUGAGCAAUAUAUGCCUCAGCCCGCUCCACUGGUUAUGCACGCUCGACCUGCCCUUAGCCAGAACCCUCUAGCUCAGCAAUAUUACCCGCCCAGGCCUGACGCGCGCACUCAGAAGGAUCUAACCCACAUCGACAAUAUCCUAGGUCAGAUGCAGAAUACUAUCUAUGAGAACGCCAGCAAUGCGAGCACUGGUGUCCACACCCACACCGGCGAGGGCGGUUAUAACGAUUACAGUAACACUCUUUCGCCUCCUACGUCUCACCGUUCGCUUGGUGGCAUCCCUGUCACCGCUGAGGUUCACCACUCCGUUCCUGCGGCUAGAAUUUCUUCGCCUCCGGCGGUCGUUUCCUCCACUGGUACUCCCGACGCCACGCUGCCUUCUAGCUCUACGUCGUGCACCUCCGGCCACUCCCCUGGAUCUUCAUCGUCGGCCAUGUGCCCCCGGCCCCGUCACGGCUCCAUGGCCUCGACCAUGUAUCCAGCUCUCGCUACUAGCCUGCCUGCUGUCCGUCAGGGCUUCGGCCACUCUGCGACCACCACUCUGGGGCCCAACUUUGAGAGCAAUGAGCGCUGCCGCUACUCUGGCGGCAUGCUCCAGAGAGCACUAGGGCACCCUCUUCCUAUACCCAAUAAGGGUGCUAGCGGCGCCUUGACUCCCAAGACGAGCGAAUCCACUCGGUCAGUAGGCUACCCCUCGCCAGGCUCUGACGUUAGCGACGCCACUCGGGAGUGUGAGGAGCAGUAUGAUCGAUGGCUCGAGAACAUGCGUAUUAUUGAAGCCCUGCGUGUGUACGUUCGAGCACGUCUCCAGUGCAAGCAGUACGUGAAGGAGCAGGAGAAGCGAUGGCCGAGCGGUGAUACCAUGGACGUGGACGUCAAGAGCCCCAACGGCCCUGCCCGUGAACUGGGCGCUCCUCAUGAGUGCUCCUCACUGUAUCCCGUUCUGCGCAUGCCUGGCGUUUAG